AUGGUUGCUAAGAAGAGAAACACAUUAAGAAAUAAGGCUGCUUCAAGGGCAGCCACUAAUGGAUCUGGGUCUGAUGAUCACGAUCAAAGCGUUUUCGACUUGCCUCCUGAUCCCAAGGCAUACUUGCAUCAGGCAAGAGAGACUAAGAAGGAGAAGCAAAUGAAUAAACAACAGAACUUUCUCGAAAGGAUGAAAAUGAAGGCUAAUGGAGAUGGAAAUCUAGAAGGGAUCUCUAAAUCAUCUAUAAGGCGUAGGAAAAGAAAGAUGAGAGAAGAUUUGAAACCAAAGAUGUACGAUCUGUUGACUUCGUUGCAACAGGAAUCAGACCUAAGAGAUCACGUCUUAGCCGAUGAUAGAAAAGAUGAUAAUAACGAGGAUGAAAUGGUCGUGGAUUCAGUGACCAAAAUUACCAAAUCAGCCGCCUAUAGCCAUAUUACUAGUGGCAAGCCUAUGGAACCUGGCUCAGUCAUAAUGAAGAAGAAUCAGCCAAAUAUUAGAAACCAGAAAGGUGCUAAGGCCAUAUCUCAAAAAGAGUCAGCCAGGUUUAAUCAAGUCCUCACUAACCAAAGUUUUCAACAGAAUCCAUUCGGCUCAUUGAGAGAGAUCAUCAAGAUGCAAAAGAAAUAG